AUGAGUUCAGUAUUUGGCCAACAAGCGCAACAAGAGAACAGGUUUGCAAACUUGCAAAUAAAUUAUCCUCAGCAGCAGCAGCAAAACCAACAACAGCAGAAUAGUUCACAAUCACUAGUACAGAGCUCUGCCACGAAUGGAAAGGAAGAAAACUGGUAUAAUAUAGCUAGAAAGAGAAACAUUCCACAAUCCGUGAUAAAAAGAUCGUCUAAACCGAGCUCAUCUGGAGAUGGAUCUUCGAAUGACAACUCUUCCCAAAGAUCCGGAUUCAAUAGCGUCCAGUUUGGCACAAAGAAGCCAACAUUCAGCUCUACGCAGCCUGCACAACCUACUGAUAUCGCGACUUAUGUGGAAUCGAAUGAAGCUCCCCCAACAAAAUCGUUAUAUGAUUGGCAACGAGAGGAUGAGUUCGGGUCUGUCCCCACUAACGUGAACGCAAUGCCUUCGUCUAACCAAAUACCUUUGACUCAAGAAUACACUAAGAGCACAAGAAACGCAUUCGACAGAGAUGCGUCGAAAUCCCCUGUAAAACCGACAGCGGAUCAAACAAAUGAUAUAUCAAGACAAAAAUCGCAAGAGAGCGCAGUAAUUGUAUUUGGAUAUCCAGAAUCCAUUUCAAACCAAAUAAUAUUACAUUUCUCAAAAUUCGGAAAUAUUUUAGAGGACCUUGAGGUUCUAAGAGGUGUUACAGGUAACAACAUAUCCAGUGCUACUAUUAGAAUUCGUGCUCAAAAUAAGGACUCUAAAAUUCCUCAUAAGAAAUAUCCUAUCUUCACGGGCGAUGGAUGGAUUAAAAUCACGUAUGACUCCCCUAGUGCCGCUCUGAGAGCUCUACAAGAGAAUGGUACCGUUUAUGGAGGUUGUUUAAUUGGCUGCGUUCCUUAUAGCAAAACAGCCGUAGAACAAUUGGCUUCGUGCAAAAUCGAUAAAACUGAUGACAUCGGAGAAAUCCCGUUCAGUUUAUCGAUGAAACCAAACGGACCUGAAUCAUCUGAUAUACAAAAUGGGACACAAGAAAGUGCUGAUAAUAAUAAACAUGGGUUCACCUUUUCUACUCGGAAAUUGGAUGUCAAAGAUGGAAAGCAGUUGUUUGUGCAUAAUGCAAACCCUCCUCAUGGUGGUCCAAACUUUUUAAGAAAUUUGGAGAACAAGUUACGAGAACAGGAACAGCAUGGGAAUAACCAACAACCAACAAAUUUAAUUGGAAGGGUCAACAAUUGGUUAUUCGGGUGGAACGACCUAUAG